AUGGAGUUCAAGGUCGGCAUCGAAAAGGCUAGCAUAAGAUUGCCAGAGUGCGUUGUCAACAGAAGAAGUGUGUUUAGAGUCGAUGCCGGCAACCGAAGCUUUACUGUUGAAAUGUAUGAGAUGGGAACGAAGAUCUCGCGAGGUGGCUCUGAAAGUAUGUUAGCGACGAUACGAAUGACGAAGUCUCCUUUCUUACCGAUCGAGGAUCUGCAAAAGGACACGUUCGCGUUCACCCUCUGA